AUGAAGAACUUUGUCAUAAUCUUUAUGGUUCUGAGCGUAAUUGCUGAGAUCACCAUAGCUAAGAAACUGCGUCUGAUCAACGGUCUGAAUGGUGGUCUGGUUACUGGUGUAAAUGGAGUUAAUCCUCUACUGGUGGGUGGUCUAAACCCUCCUGUGCUUUCCGGUGGUCCUGCUGUUAUUGGACAGCCUCCGUUAGCACAGAUUCUGCCCGCCGCAGCUCUUCCUCCAUAUGUGCUUCAGCAGCCACCCGUGGUUCCUUUCGUUCCCCCCAACAUCGGACCUCAGUUUGCUUACCCUUUCGCUUCACCUAAUGGGGCGUUGCCGUAUUACAUUGCUGGACCCCAGAAUCAACCAGCCAUAAUGCCUCCUCAGCAACAAAUUGCGGCUGGACAAGGCCCUACUGGAAAUAAUCAAGCUGUACCACCACUCAAUAGAUUUAAGCGCUCCUUUCUCAGAAGGACCACUGCAAGAGCCCCUGUCUCUAUCACCCAGAUGCCAGCUCAAGUCAACCCUACCGUGUCUGGAAACCCUGUUGGGUAA